AUGGUCCACAGAUCAAAUACUAGUAUGCACGUAUUGUGGAUUGCCCAGGGACUGCUGACUUGGUGCCUUAGCAACACUCAUGCCUUUGCUCCCAUGCAUCAGUCCCCCAUUACUCCCUUGUCCACUGGUACAAGCAGUAAAUGGACGAGACAAACAACCUCGGCAUCAUCACCACCGUACAAUCGUUUCACUGGAUAUUCCAACUGCGAAUCUCAAUUGGAGGGAAUUCCCAAAAUGUUUCGUUGGUUGACGGAUCAAUAUCCCAACAUCAUCAAGGAUCGACUGGAAGAAGGAUUGUCGGCAGAUAUUGAAGUGGAUAACUUCUAUUUGGACAUGAACGGAAUCAUCCAUCCUUGUACCCACGGAAAUACUCAGGGUGAGUUCAUUUAUUUGGAUGAGACGGCCAUGUUCAAAAAGAUCUUUUUGUACGUCGAUCGUCUCUACAAAAUGGUACAGCCCAAGGAAGUCUUGUAUUUGGCCGUCGAUGGCGUCGCUCCCCGCGCCAAGAUGAAUCAACAACGAUCCAGACGAUUCCGUUCCGCCAAGGAGGCCGAACAAAUGGAGGCUGAAAUUGUGGCCCGGGAUCAAUACAAUUCCAAGCACAGCGAAGAGUACCGCGAAAAGAAAAAGCUGAAGGAAGACAUGAGCGACAAAACCAAAUUCGAUUCCAACUGCAUCACUCCAGGAACCGACUUUAUGCUCAAACUCAGUCUGGCCAUGCAAAAAUGGGUCGCCUACAAGAUCGAAACCGAUCCUGUGUGGAAGAAUGGGGCCAAGGUCAUUGUCAGUGGUCCCGACGUUCCGGGAGAAGGUGAACACAAGGUGAUGGAUUUCAUUCGGGAUUCUCGGAAUGCGUACCACAACAACGAAGCUGCCGCCAAGGGACUCUACAAGCCCGGCGCCACCCAUGUCCUAUAUGGUUUGGAUGCCGAUCUCAUCAUGUUGGGUCUCGUGACGCACGAACCCAACUUUAUGCUCCUGCGUGAAAAAAUGUCCGUCGUCAUGGCGGGGCGGGGCCGCAACAAGUACCGCAAAAAGAAGGAUAUGAUGGAAUACACUCGUCAUGAUUUUGAAUUGCUCGAGUUGAGUUCCCUGCGUCAGUUGUUGGCCAUUCAGUUCCGAAAGUUUUCGGAUCAAAUUGACAAUUACAACCUGGAUCGGAUCGUCGAUGACUUUGUAUUCAUGUGUAUGAUGGUUGGUAAUGACUUUUUGCCCCACUCGCCACAUUUGGAAAUUGACGGUGGUGCCAUUUCGCUCAUGAUGGGAUCGUACAUUGAUUUGUUGCCCUCGUGGAAGGGAUACUUGACGGACAAGGAAAAGAUUCAUCCACAACGAUUUGAGCAAUUCAUUUACCAUCUUGCUGUCUAUGAGGAGGAACACUUCAAGAAGCGUGGCUACGAAGAGAACGAACCGGGAUGGAAAUUGCCAUCCGAGUAUGAAGAAGACGACAAUGACUUUUACGGUGAAUACUUUUCCGGCAACCCAACCCCACCCGUUGCCAAGCCAGCAAAUGCCAAGGGUAGCACCCCACCUCCUUCCAAGAUUCCCAAAACGGAAGAUGGAGAAGCCGCUGCUGACGUAGAAUCCGAUGUUGAGGGUCCCGUUGGGAACCGAGCCUUCCGCCGGGUACACCCCAAAAGCAAGGCACGAUCCUACCGCGACUUUUAUUACGAAGAAAAGAUGGGAUGGCCUGUCGAAGACCGAGAACGUACUCUCUUUGAGCGACGUGCUCAUGUGCGAGAGUACAUGGAAGGAUUGCAUUGGGUGUUGAAUUAUUACCACAAUGGCUGCAUGUCUUGGGACUGGUUCUUUCCGUACAUGUACGCCCCCCUUUCUACCGAUAUGGUCAAUCUCUCCGAAUUUUACGAUGAAUUUGAAGGCAGCAAAGAAGAAGGCGAAUACAAGAGCUGGCCCUUUGAAAAGGGAACCCCUUUCCCAAGUUUGGCGCAGCUCUUAUCAGUUCUUCCACCACAAAGUGCUUCCUUGCUUCCAAAGCCACUUGGGGAGCUCAUGCUUCACCCUUCAUCACCCUUGAUUUCAUACUAUCCACCUGACUUUGCUGCGGACCCAAAUGGAAAGAGACAGGCUUGGGAAGCAGUAGUUAAAAUUCCGUUCAUUGAUGGUGAGUUCCUCUUGGAGACUGUGGAACAGGUCCUCGAAAAGGAUAAGGAUGGAGGCGGUCUACUGACACCUGGUGAGCGCCGAAGAAAUGCUCGUGGAAAGCACCAUCUAUAUGUACCCAAGGGUGAUGAUAUAAAUGGUGCCGCCAAGAAGGCAUCAAGCCCAAAGGGAGCAGGGAAGUUUGCUCCCAAGGGAAAGAAACGAGUUGCCAAGACUGAAGCUUGA